AUGGCCAAACUUCGUAACCUAUCAAUAAAUAUCCCAUUGCUUGAGGCGAUCCAAGAGAUCCCGAGAUAUGCUAAGUUGAUUAAAAAUUUGAUAUCCAAGAAGAAACUUAUUGAAGAAGACACUAUUGAGGUCACUCAUGGAUGUAACGCUAUGAUAGAUAACAAGGUUGCAGAAAAGAAAGAUGACCAUGGAGCAUUCACUAUUCCUUUCACAAUUUGGAUGCAUGAAUUUGAAAAAUCUCUGUGUGACCUUGGUGCAAGCAUCAAAUUAAUAUAUUUUGUCAUAUACAAGAAACUUGGUUUGGAUACCCCGACGCCGACCUCUAUGCGGUUCUUGAUGUCGGACCAGUCUAUAAAAAGGCCGGUGGGUAUAUUGUUUGAUGUCCUUGUAAAAGUGGACAAGUUCUUUCUCCCAGCAGAUUUUGUGGUAUUGGACUGUGAAAUAGACCAUGAGGUGCCUAUCAUUCUUGGUCAUCCUUUCUCGGCCACCGAGAGAACCAUUGUCGAUCUAGAGCUGGGGGAGAUAAAAUUUAGAGUGCAAGAAAAUAAGGUCUCUUUCAAAACUUGCAAAUCAAAGAAUCAAACCUCGGAGUUGCAAGUAGUAUCCAUGGUGGAUGUGGAAAAUAAGAAGGUGAUUGAGGAAGGGUCCAAAGACCUACUUUGA